UACAAAGUACAAUCUAUAAUACCUAGAACACUAAACAGAAAAAACUAUUUAAAAUAUUUAUUUCAUUAAACAAGGAUUAUUCAAAGGUACCAGAUUGUCAAUGUUUAAAAAAUUUGGUUAGAGGUUAAAUCAUAAAAAAAAAAAUUGAAGGAGGGUGUUGGCGCCCGCAGGCAAAUGCAUUUUAGGAAACCAAAAAAAAAUUUUGAAAAAACUUAACUUUAUGAUAACACAUUACACAGUACAAACUAAAAUGCCCAGAAUCGUAAACAGAAAAAAAUAUUCAAAAUAUUUAGUUCAUUAAAGAAUGAUUAUUCACAGGGCACCAAGUUAUUAAUUUUCAAGUCAAUACAAAAUAUUCAACCAGAGUUACAUUACUAAAAAAAAAAUUGAAGGAGGGUAUUGGCGCCCGCGGGCAAAUGCAUUUUAGAAAACAAACAAAACAAUUUGGAAAAAAAUUGCUGUAGGAAUACACAUUACAAAUUUCAGAAUAAAAUGCCCAGAAUGUUAAACAGAAAAAUCUAUUUAAAAUAUUUAGUUCAUUAAGAAGGAUUAUUCAAAGGUUCCAGAUUGUCCAUGUUAAAAAAAUUAGGCUAGAGGUAAAAUCAUAAAAAAAAAAUUGAAGAAGGGUGUUGGCGCCCGCGGUUAAAUGCAUUUUAGGAAACCAAAAAAAAAUUUUGAAAAAACUUAACUUUAUGAUAACACAUUAAACAGUACAAACUAAAAUGCCCAGAAUGUUAAACAGAAAAAACUAUUCAAAAUAUUUAGUUCAUUAAAGAAUGAUUAUUCACAAGGCACCAUGUUAUCAAUUUUUAAAUAAAUACAAAAAAUUCAACUAGAGUGACAUCACAAAAAAAAAAAUUGAAGGAGGAUGUUGGCACCCGCAGGCAAAUGCAUUUUAGGUAACCAAAAAAAAAAUUUUGAAUAAAUUUAACUGUAUGAUUACACAUUACAAAGUACAAUCUAUAAUACCUUGACGCGGUCCCGCGUAAUAGCUGUUUGAAUUCAAAUAGCCUUUUACGCGGAAAGCCGCGCUACGCUUCUCAAACAAACCGCCAAUCGACGACGGACGACGCCAGCGCGCGACACCCGCGCUGUGAACCGUCGGCCGGCCGUUGGGUGAACCGGAUUAUAAAGUCACCAGUUUUUACCGACGACCCGCACGAGACUGACACACACGUCCCCGGCCGAUCGUCUCUGUUUCUUUUUUUUUUCCGUUUGAUUUGUUUUUUUUGUUCAGUGCCCGACAGGGCCACAAACGGAUUUCUUGUUUGUUCACCCGCGAAAUAAAUUUAACCCUCACAUCGCAAAACUUGUGUUUUUCUUUAUUUGUUUUGUCGUGUGAAACCUCUACCUCAACAUCACCGCACCCACGCGGCCUUCACUAGGCCCGCAUCAACUGGCUCCCCGUACAGGAAUCACCGUCGGAAUAGCACCAAUGGAGCGUACACCAUCAACGACACCCAGCACCCUCCAACAAGCGGCGGAACUGCUGGAACGCAGCCAGCAGCUGCUGAGGUCAGCCAGCUUGGAGGAGGGCACGAACACCACCACGGCGGCACGGGUCCGCCAGAUGACCACGGCGCAGCUGCAGCGGGACCCGGUACUGUGGGCAGCCUACACGCGGGGGUGGGUCGACCGCACAGCCGUGUUCAUGAAAGCGACAAGCGGGGAACCCACAACCAUGGUGAGGCACAACAGGUCACGCAGCCCCAGACGGGCGACACGACCGGUAGCCACGGCACGACCCGCGGCCACAACUCGACCGGCGCCACCAACGUCGACAACUCGGGCACCCGUGAGGCUGCCACCCCGACCAUUAAUGGAGAGACCGACACCAGCGCCAAGGACGUCGACCAUCCCGCCGCCAGGAACGCUCGUCAACCCGCUGCCAACACCAAACACCACCACCGAGACAACAACACCGGCCACGCUCAACGCCCGCCAGCGCCGGAACAAGCAGCGGAUGCGGGACUACAAGGCCAAACAGACGUCCCAACAACACCGCCUGGAAAAACCGGGGUCAACAGCAACCCCCGCCCCGUCACAACCAGAGCCUGCGACACCAGACCUCACCGUGGCCACGGUGCCGGAGGUGACAAACACUUCCGGAACAACCGGAACCGCGGAAAACCUAACAGCCGCUCACCCUCAAACCGCGGAUAUGGAAAUAUCCCCGGAAGAGGAGGCGGACCUGUUAGGUGAGACGGACGCAGGCACGGCUGGAACUGAAGACAUGGAGGUCAGCCUCAUGUACUUCAGUCCCCCCACGUCCCCCCAACGUGCCUAGACACCACCAGGGCCACGCCCGCUGAACACAGCUGGAAAAGCGUACCCACGGACAGGUGUCUACCACAACCACCCUUCACACACACCCUUUGACGACACCGGCAACGGCCGGAACACCACCGCCGUUGGCGGUUUGGGGGGGGAGUAUGACGCGGUCCCGCGUAAUAGCUGUUUGAAUUCAAAUAGCCUUUUACGCGGAAAGCCGCGCUACGCUUCUCAAACAAACCGCCAAUCGACGACGGACGACGCCAGCGCGCGACACCCGCGCUGUGAACCGUCGGCCGGCCGUUGGGUGAACCGGAUUAUAAAGUCACCAGUUUUUACCGACGACCCGCACGAGACUGACACACACGUCCCCGGCCGAUCGUCUCUGUUUCUUUUUUUUUUUCCGUUUGAUUUGUUUUUUUUGUUCAGUGCCCGACAGGGCCACAAACGGAUUUCUUGUUUGUUCACCCGCGAAA